GCCGCGUCCGGACCCGGUCCGUCCAGGUUCCCCAGCAAGGAAUCGUCCUCCUCGUUCGAUAGCAUGAGCAUGAGCAAGUCCGGCGCCGCCUUUGGUGCCGGGGCGGGUGCGGCAGCGGGAGUGUCCGGGCAUCGUCAUAACCUCAGUUACGACCAGGGCAAAGCACCUGCUACGCCUCGUCAGGAUAGCGCCACGACCACUUAUAUGCUCUGGGAUAACGGGAAAGACGACCUGGACGACGCUCUUCAUACUCCGGACCCAAAGGGUGUGUCCGAUACUUAUCACUGGGACCCCUGGUCGCUCCGUGGUUGGAUCAACGUCUUGGCCAUCUUUGUCCUCCUCGGCGCCCUGAUCACCCUGUUCGCCGGUUGGCCCAUCAUCGUAUUCUACAAAGACCACUUUGCUUCCAACGGAGCGAACACGGCCGGGUUCAACCUGGGUGGAAUCAAUGCGACGGGGCAGGUCCCGAAGAUGCCGGAUUUCGCCAGUCUGAUAGACAAGGAUACGCCGGAGAACGUCAUGGCCAGGACCGGGUUCGAUGGGAAGGAUUAUCAGUUGGUCUUCAGUGACGAGUUUAAUACGGACGGGAGGACGUUUUACCCGGGUGAUGAUCCGUUCUGGGAGGCUGUCGAUUUGCACUACUGGCCCACCGGUGACAUGGAAUGGUACGACCCCGGUCAGAUCACCACCAAGGAUGGCGCGCUCGUCAUCGAGAUGAGGCAAGAACCCACGCACGAAUUCGAUUACCGGAGUGGAAUGUUGCAGAGUUGGAACAAGUUUUGUUUCAGCAAGAACGCUUAUAUCGAGGUCGCGGUACAGUUGCCUGGAAACACUCGGGUGGGAGGUUUCUGGCCUGGUGCUUGGACCAUGGGUAACCUCGGACGACCCGGAUACGGUGCCACGACCGAGGGAACCUGGCCUUAUUCGUACGACGCUUGCGAUGUCGGUACACUGCCCAAUCAGACCUGGAUCAACGGCACUGGCCCUGCCGCGGCUUUGACGACGGGUUCGAACGACGGUGUCCUCAGUUUCUUGCCCGGUCAACGAUGGAGCGCUUGUACUUGUCCCGGUGAAGACCACCCGGGUCCGAGCGUCAACAAGGGCCGUGGUUCUCCCGAGAUCGACAUUAUCGAGGCUCAGAUCAACAUUGCCGACGCCAUCGGGGAAGUCUCGCAGUCAUUGCAGACGGCGCCAUUCGACGACUUUUACCAGUGGGACAAUACCUCGGCAUCGGCCACCUUGUACUACCCGAACGAGAUGCAGUUCAACUCGUACGUCGGAGGUGUCUACCAGGAAGCCGUCUCGUGCCUCGUCAACACGGACCGUACCAACUAUCGAUCCCAAGGUGGCGGGUUCGGGGUGUACGGGUUCGAAUACACCGGUGAUCCCAACGACAGGGACAACGGGUACGUCACCUGGGUCAGUUCGGGGAAACCUAGUUGGAACGUCAAGGCGAGCGUGACGGGGGCCAAUCCGAGGGUCGGGAUCAGCCAGAGGCCGAUUCCUGAGGAACCGAUGACGAUCAUCCUCAACUUUGGAAUGUCGAACAAUUUCCAGUAUGUCGACCUCGAGAACCUCGAUUUCCCCAACUACAUGUACAUCGAUUACGUGCGGGUGUACCAGCGGACCGAUAUGAUCAACAUUGGAUGUGAUCCGGAUGAUUAUCCAACUCAAGACUACAUCUCGCGACACGCCGAGGCUUACAACAACCGAAAUUUGACCACCUGGGAUCUCGUAAGCUUCAGGUGGCCAAAGAACAGUCUUCAAGGGUGUUAG